GAAACCCUCUCCAAAGUUAUUCCUCGAUCUGCUUCGUCCCUAAGCUUCUCUCCUUCUCUCUCCAUUUCCAUUUCCCCCUUGUUCUCUCUCUCCCCCCCCGCGAGAACCUCUUACACAUACUCUAUAUAUACACCUACAUAUCGCAUCCAAAACCCACGACAAAAUCCAAAUCCAAAUCCAAAAAAUGGCAACUAUUAAUGGAGAGAUCUACGUCUUACCCUUUUUUGGCCAAGGCCACCUCCUCCCCUCUAUCGAACUCUGCAAACGCCUCUCCUCCCGAAAUUACAAAAUUACCCUACUCAUUUCCUCCCAUCUCUCCUCCUCCGUCCCCUCCUCCCUCCGCCAACUCCCCCUCGUCGAAAUCGCCCAACUCUCCGACGCCCCGGGGCCUCUCCCGCCACCACCGGAUGCCGCUGGACCCGUACCCGGACAUAACCCUUUCCACCAAAGCCAGCAACAAAUGGGUCAGUCCAUUGAGUCAUUUCUAUCCGCCCGUGUUGGUGACCCGACCCGACGACCCUUGUGCGCCGUGAUUGAUGUCAUGAUGAGCUGGAGCAAAGAGGUCUUUGUGAAAUUCGGUGUUCCGACGGCGGCGUUCCUCACCUCCGGCGCGUGCAGCGCCGCCGUGGAACUCGGGUCAUCGAAGGCCCGGGUCGGUGAUAUGAAGCCGGGUGAGAUCCGGGUCCUUCCCGGAUUGCCCGAAGACAUAGCCUUGACUUAUUCGGAUGUGAACCAACAGCCUCACAGGCCUCCUCAAGGAGGCCCGGGUGGCCCGCCAGGCGGUCCAGCAGGCCCGGGUGUACCACCACCCGGAUUACUCGGACCUCCAGGUGGGCACAUGGGCCAGGAUCGACCUCAUCCACCCGGAUUACGGGGACCACCAGGCGGCCCGCCAAAGCUCGGUGAUCCACCGCGGUGGGUGGAGGAGGUUGACGGCUCGAUCGCAGCUCUGAUGAACACGUGUGACGAGCUGGAACAUCCGUUCAUAGAGUAUUUGGGCAAGGAGAUUGGAAUACCGGUCUGGGGUGUGGGACCAUUACUACCGGAGCAAUAUUGGAAAUCGGCCGGUUCGAUCCUCCACGACCGCGAUUUUAGGUCGUCACGCAAAUCGAAUUAUUCAGAAGACGAGGUGAUCCAAUGGUUGGAUUCGAAGCCACGUGGAUCCGUGAUCUACGUGUCGUUCGGGAGCGAAGUUGGGCCCACCGUAGAGGAAUUUGCCCAACUGGCUGAUGCGCUGGCAGAGUCCAACUGGUCGUUUAUAUGGGUGAUCCAACCAAAUGCGGGUCAGCACGGCCCGCCGCCGGACUUGGUUGGCGGUAAACCCGGUCCAGAUGCAGCACAAGAAGGUUACUAUCCUCGUGGCUUGGAUGAAAAAGUUGGUGAUAGAGGUUUGAUAAUAAGCGGAUGGGCACCGCAAUUGAUGAUCCUGAGCCACCCUUCGACUGGCGGGUUUCUAUCGCACUGCGGAUGGAACUCGACGGUGGAGGCGAUCGGGCGUGGUGUUCCGUUUUUGGCAUGGCCCAUUAGGGGAGACCAAUUCUACAAUGCCAAGUUGGUAGCGAACCACCUCAAAGUGGGGUACAUGGUAUCAAAGGGUGAUCUCCCAGAAAUGGUGAAAGAGGACAUAGUGAAGGGGAUUGAGAGGCUGAUGACCGAUGAAGAGGUUCACAAGCGGGCUGCCGCGUUGGGCCACAAGUUUGAGGGAAAUUUUCCGGCGAGUUCUGAGGCUGCUUUGGAUGCUUUCGUGGAUUUCGUUAGCCGAAAAUAAGCUUUUUGCUUAUGCAAAGGAAAAAAUAUUAUUGGGAAUUCUAUUACAUAUAGAUUUCACAAAUGACAGCGUUUGUACUUGUAACAGAUUUUCUUGUUUUAAUGUGUCUUAGGCUUCCUUUGUAUGUAUACUUAUGAACGAGUAUGGUUACCAAAUUUGCAUAUUUAUCUUGUGUAACGUGUUAUUUCUUAUUGAUCAUGAUAUAAAAUAAGAGAGAAUGCGUUAUUUA